GCGCUGUGUUAAACACCAAAAAUAUCAGAAAACAAAAACAACAAGGAUAUCCGCAAAAUCGCCGGGAAUACAAAUAUAGCGAAGCGAUAUUUUAAUUUUUGUAAAAAAAAAUCGCAGAACGGUGUGUUUCACAAGCCAACAAUAAACAAGCAGAAAUAAAAAACGAAUAAGCAACAACAGUAGCAACAAUCAAAAGUUUAUACGAGAAGCGUGCGUGCGUUCGUUGCCGCUUAAUAAAAAUGUGUACAAAAUUCCAAAAGUGCAAAUUUAUUUAAAUAACUCCGCAGUGCUCAACGUUCAAAGUUAACAAAAAAUAAAAUAAAAUAAAACUGAAAGAGAAAGAUAAGUUUCCUAGACUGGAACGAAGUACGCGAACCUAAUUGAAUUUGGUGCGCAAAACAGUAACAAAAUUGCAACCUGUAGCUCGGGCUUCGGCUUUGAUUUUGAUUCAGAUUUUGAAUACGGCUAUUGUGCAAACAAGCCGGAAGCCAGUCCCCGAUGCAAUUGUUUUAAACCACAGCUGAGCAGAGCUUUUACCUGUUAGACAACAAAUCAAACGGCGGCGACAGCAGCAGUUAAAAAGCAACAAUAUGUGGUGCAUUGUCAACCUGCCCAACGGCACCCAACAAGCCGUCAAGUGGGAUCCCAAAGCCAAUGGUCAGGAGUGUCUGGAGAAGGUCUGUCGUGCAUUGAACAUCAUUUGCGAAAUGGAGUACUUCGGCCUGGAGCACUGGACGCCCAACCAGAAGGAGUCGCAGACGCGCCAGUGGAUCAACCUGCGCAACCGGCUGUCCGGCGACAGUGGAAGCAGUGGCAGUGGCAUCCAGUUAAUGCUGGCCCUGCGGGUCAAGUUCUGGGUGCCGGUGCACUACAUCCUCCAGGAGAGUGUGAGGAAUCUGUUUUACAUGCAGGCGAGAAGGGAUCUGCUGGAGGGUCGACUAACUGCUACCGAUUGGAGUGGAGCGGCCAAGUUGGCGGCGCUCCUCUGCCAGGCGGAUGGAUUGCGCUUCAAUGAGGCGUCCCUAAGGGCCGAAUGUCCCAUGAGGAUGAGGCGGGAGCUGGCCCAGCAGCAGCAGCAGCAACAGCAGCAGGCGCAACAGCAUCGCCUGGAGCAGCAGCGCAAGGAGAAGGAGCAUGUCCUCAGCUUCAAGAAGCGUCGCCUGUCCAAGCAAAAGUCCAUGGAGCACAUCGAGAUUUGCACUCUGCCAACAACAACGGCCAAUACCUCCAAUACCAGUUGCAGUCUCCAGCCCUCGCCAUCCGCAUCCGCCUCCGCAUCCGCCUCCACAUCCGCCUGCUCGCAAACCCACUCGAACAGCAGCUCCAGCAGUCCGAGCAAUAGCAGCAGUCAAACGGGCCUGGACGAGCGAUUGGCCAGCAAUCCGCUGCGGAUGUACGAGGAGUACCUGAUUCAACCGAGUUCCGAGGGCGAGCCACCGGCGGAUUACCUGCGCCAAAUCGCCAUGGAGCACGGCAAGCUGGCCAAGCUGCAGAUGAGCCCCAAGUCGGCAAAGUACUGGCUGCUCGAGUCCAUACAGAAUCUCGAAGGAUACGGCGAGGAGCUGUUCAGCGGAGUGACCACCAAUGAGAGUGCCACGCGUUGCGAUAUCGCGGUGGGCGCCCAUGGCAUCACCGUCUGCCGGGGGGGUGAGAAACAAAGCAUCCCCUUUGGCGCCAUUGCUGCGGCCAAGUCGCUGCGUCGCACUUUCAAGCUGGAAUACGUGGACGAUCACAACGAUCGGAAGGAGCUGGAGAUCAAGUUGCCCAAACAGCCGAUCGCGGCGGGACUCUACCGCUCCAUAACCGAGCGCCACGCCUUCUACGUGUGCGACAAGGUGCGCGGCGUGGUGACCAACCAGUUCACCCGGGAUCUCAAGGGAACCAUUGCCUCGAUGUUCAUGGAGAACACGGAGCUGGGCAAGCGCUACGUCUUCGAUAUCCAGCACACCUGUCGCGAGGUUCACGACCAGGCGAGGCGGACGCUCCACGAGCGGGGCGGCGAUCUGAUGGCCGAGGGCUCGGCCGACGGAUGCUCUGCUGCCGCUGGAGGAUUGGGCGCCGUUGCCGGAGCCGGCGGCGAUCCCAUGGAUGCCGUGGCCGGGGUCAGCGGAAUGGCGAUGGCACUCGCGACUGGUGCCGGCGGCUCCAUGGCCGGCAAGAUAGAUUUGGCCAUUCGCGAGAAGGAGGCGCGUGAGGCGGCGAUUGAGCGUUGCGUGGAUACGCGCAUCUCGGAGGCCAUGCAGUGCAAGAUCUGCAUGGACCGCGCCAUCAACACAGUGUUCAAUCCGUGCUGUCACGUCAUCGCCUGUGCGCAGUGCGCUGCAAGAUGCAGCAACUGCCCCAACUGCCGGGUGAAGAUAACCAGCGUGGUCAAAAUCUAUCUGCCGCCGGAGCUGCGCACCAGCCAAACCGGCAGCGUCGCCACAACCACCAGCGGCAGCAGCAUCUGCGAUGGCCCCGUGGAGGAGCAGCUGCAGCAUCAGCUGGACGAGAUCUCAGUGGCACAACCCACAGCCCAGGAGGCGGCAGCAGGAGCAGGAGCAGGAGCCACAGGACCUGGCGGACAGCCAAAGGUCACGACGGCCGCCUAGAAUUGGUUGUGCUCGCUGCUGUUCCGGCUGAUGGAAUGGGUGUGCGUGCCGAUUGUCUGAGAACCAAAAUGAUCCACUAAUCUUCUAUGACCACAACCAAAUGGGGAACAAAACAAAGUUAAAGAAAACAAAAAAGAACAACCAACUAGGAAACGUGCAACAUGCAAAUGCAACAUGCAAGGGGGAAUUUGUGACCCGCGAGUAUGGGUUUGAAAUGGAUUCAAAGAAAAAACACGGAGUAGUCAGUCUGUCAACAAUCUUAGCUCUAUCUUUACUCAAGUAUUUUACCGACAUAAGCAACUGAAACUUUAACUGUAACUGUAACUCUAACUCUAACUAUAGAUCCUAGCCAUAUACACGAUAUAUUUACUAUUUAUAGAUGUACGGACUUCGAGAAAGUGCUAUUUAAACUCGUCUAAGACUUCACUGCAUAGCCUAUGCCUAGAAUCUAUAACUGCGGAUUGUUUCAUAUUCAUAUACAACACUGUAUACACAUAGAUAUAUUUACGAUCGUUAUAGAUCAGCGAUACCUUAUACGAUAUAGCCCUUGAAUGUACAACAAAGUUACUUACUAAACGUUAGCAAUUUUACCAACUACACUCGAGAUGUAUUUAUUAACGCCUAAACUCUUUAGUAUUCCACCCUAACCCAAGAAACCCCCAAAUUCUCAUAUGGAUACAUAUAUAAUAUAAAGCAUAUAUAUUAGCGUGUGUAUAUGGGACAAGCGUACAAUAAUCGCAAACCCAAGGAGCAAAGUAGUACUAAGUACCUGCAAAACAAACAGAAACGGAAACAGAACACGAAACACGAAAAGUAUCUCUGCUGCGGAUAUUACAUAGUCAAUAAUAAAUGUUAACAAUGUUAUACUAUAUAUACAGAUAUAUAUAUACAUGUAAAAGAAAAAACCAAUGAAAAAACCUUAAAUGUA